UCUGAAAGAUGGCGGCGCGUAUAGACGUAAUAAUAAACCGAACCGCGGAAAAAUACGAGUUUUUAAAUCCUGUGUGUGUAAAAUGUAGUAAGAAGGUGAAAUAUGAUGUUAAAUUAUGUUCGUGGUCACAAAAAUGGAUCCAUCGUCAAUGUUUAAAUGCCUUAGGAGAAAAAAAACUGUGGAAAUGUGCACUGUAACUAUCGUUCUAUCGUGUGUUUACAAACGGAAUGCGAAGAAGAAUGCACUACUUCUUCAUUAAAAUACCAUCUUAUGUUAGCUAAACUAUAUGUAGAGAAUCUUGAAUCAGUGAUAGUGUACAGAAGCUGGAAGAAGUGUAGUGAAACGGUUGUAAACGAACAAAACUAACUUUAUUAGGCCUAAAAAGUUUUGUUGUGUUAAUCGUAACUAAAACAACUUUCGUCUCCCAGAAGCAAAUAAGUUUAAAUUUUUAACGUGUGAUGAAUAUGAAAUAUGUGAAAAGAGCCAAAGGAAAGAAGUACUUUCGUCAAAUGCACCGAUAAAAAUGAUUUCAGUAGGCCUACGAAGCCCUAUAAUAACAAGAAAGGAAAUACCAGAAAAUACGUGGAACAUACUUAUCAUGCAAACAAGAUAACUAUCGAUACACGUAAGAAGAACAAGAAGAUAUUUUCAGACAGUCAUGGAAAGGGCUUAGCCGACAUUUUCUGUAACUUGCAAAAUAUGUACAAGGUCAGUGGAAUGACGGAACCGGGUGCCACUUUGUGUGAAGUUUUAAAAAAAACUGAACAUUCUUUGAACAUUCUGUUUAAUAAUAGGAGGUGCUAAUUAUUGGAAUGUGCGCGGCUGAAUAAGUAUUAAGGAGAAAAACAGGAUAUUUUACUAAUAACUAUAUUUGCACAUUCAAGAACAAAAAAAUUAACAGCGAACACAACAGAAUAAUUAGCGCACACGAAGAGUGUGACAAUGCCAAAGAGGUCUAUUUUACACAGUGCACUUUGCGCCGUCACACACGAAAUAUAUUGUCCACACAAUUCCAACAUCCCUCCUUGAACUUAUAUUUUGUGCGUUGCUUCCACAAGAUAAACCAAAUAGUCCCAUAAUCUUCUCAAACUUCUCCCUUUCCGAGGGUUUGGUCAGAAGUCAGCGAACAUGUCUUCUGUGCGCAGAUAGUCCACGCCAAUGUUCUGUCGCUCUAUGUGGUCCCGAAUGAAAUGGUGCCGUAUAUCAAUAUACUUUGUCCUAGCACUAUUUUUAGCUAGCUUAUGGCUCCCUUAUUGUCACAGAAGAUGGUUAUAGGCUCCUCAAUUAAAUUGGGUUCUAUUUCACUUAUUAGUGUUCGUAGCCAUAAUGCUUCCUGUGUGGUGUAAGAUAGUGCCAUAUACUCGGCCUCUACGGUGCUCAAUGCAACAGUUUUUUGCUUUUGACAGGACCAUGAUGUGAAGCCCCCCAUUAAUUUAAAACAGCAGCCAGUGGUGGAGUAUCUGUCUCCCAAUUCACUCCCCCAGUCCGCAUUGCUAUAUCCCUCUAGUUUUGCGUUACCAUCUCUAUGGUAUUUUAACUCAUACUUUGAGGUUCCUCUUAGGUAUCGGAAUGUCCUCUUUACAGCUUUUCAGUGCUUUUCGUUUGGGUCUCUGCAAUAUCUGCUCACUGCAUUGGUGGCAAAAGCAAUGUCGGGUCGUGAUGUUUGAGACAAAUAAGAGACUCCUUACUGCUUCUAAAUAAGGAACAUUCUUGUCACAUUCCACAUCAGUCUCAUUCGCACUUCACUUCCCUCUUACUUCCAUUGGAGUACUCAUGGGUUUGCAAUCACUGAUGCCAAAUGUCUUUAAUAUUUUUUCCAUGUAUGAUGAUUGACUUAGGCUUAAUUCUUGUCUUUCUUCAUCCUUAGUAAUCUGCAUACCUAAAUAACGUUUCACUUCUCCCAAAUCAUGCACCUUAAACUUGUUUUGCAGUUGUUUCUUGAAAAUUCUCAUUUGGUCUUCACUUUCAGUCAGGAUUAAGAAAUCGUCCACCCAUAUCGCCAUUAUUAUUAUUAUUAUUAUUAUUAUUAUUAUUAUUAUUAUUAUUAAUUUCUUCUUUUCUCCCGUUAUAGUAAAUGCUGGGAUCUGCCUUGGAUUGCUUCAUAUUCAUAUUUAUUAGAGUUUCAUGUAGACAUCGAUUCCAGCAAUGUCCACUUUGUUUAAGUCCAUAAAUACUUUUUCUCAAACACCAAAUCUUUUUACUUUCUAAUCUGGUUUUUAUGGCUUCUCUUGGUGGAAUGACAUAUCUCCUCCUCCAAUUUCCCAUUUAAAUAUGCCGUUUUAACAUCCAUAUGAUUAAUUAUUAAAUUUCGUUUUACUGCCAAGGCUAAAAGAUAUCUCAAUGAUACAUACUUGACUACAGGUGAAAAAGUUUCUUCGUAAUCUUCCCCUUGUUUUUGUGAAUAUUCUUUUACCACAAGUCUUGCUUUGUAUUUUGGUGAUGAGCUUUAAGGGUUCUUCAAACUGAAUACCCAUCUUGCCUGCAGUGGUUUGUUAUCUCCUGGCAUAUCUACCCAUUCAAAGGUUUCGUUCUGAUAUAAAGAUUCUAAUUCUCUCUUCAUCACUUCUUUCCAUUCUUGAGAGUUAGGGCCAUUCACUGCUUCUUCUGCUGUUCUUGGCUCAUCAUUAAAAGACUGUGCUGUAUACAUCUCAAAAUCCGGAUAUUCCUUCAGUUUUGGUACACGAGAAUCUCGCCUUACAUUGUUUACUUCAUUUUUUUCAUCCUCUAACUCAUUGUCAUCAUAAAUUGUAUCCAUUUGUCCUUGGCUGUCAUCUUCCUCUUCUUCACUUUCUAUUUCCUCACACAAGGUUUCACCUUCUGAAGUAGGUGCAGUUGACAUAGUGGUUUUGCUCUCUUUAGAGUCCUUUCUAUUUUCAAAGAAUAUUAUAUCUCUACUUGUGACAAUCUUUUUAGUCAAUGGAUCCAUUAAUCAGUAGCCCUUUGAAUUUUCACAAUAGCGUACAAAAAUAUACUUUUUAGCUUUCGGAUCCCAUUUUCCUCUUAACUGUUUUGGAAUAUGUGCCAUUGCAUCACACCCAAAAACCCUUAUAUUGCUUAUAUCAGGUUUCUUUCCUAUCCAUAUCUCAUAAGGGGUUCUAUUCUUUAAUGCUUUUGUAGGUGAUCUAUUGUUCAAACAUACAGCUGUUGACACUGCCUCUGUCCCAGAAAUCUUUGAAUAAUUCAGUGUCAGUCGUCAUGCUCCUUGCUUUCUCAACAAUGUUCCUAUUAACCCUCUCAGUAACCCCAUUUUGAAAUGGGCUGUACCUUAUGGUAGUUUGAUGCCCGAUUUCCUUUUCUGCCAGAAGUUUCUUCAAUUUCUGGUUAAUAUAUUCUCUCCCAUUAUCAGACCUGAUGAUCUUUAUCUUCUUUCCCGUCCACCUUUCAACCAUAUUGCAAUAUUCCUCAAAGAUAUCACUCACUUGGUCUUUAGAACUAAGAAAAUAAACAUGAGUAUAUCGUGAGUAAUCAUCAAUAAACGUAAGAAAAUAAUUACUCCCACCUAUGGAUUCACACUCCAUCGGGCCACAUACAUCUGUGUGGAUUAACUGCAAGACUUCUGUGGAUUUAGUCUUGAAGGGUAACCUUGCUUGUUUUCCUUUUAUACAUGUCUCACAAGGAUCCUUGGACACACUAAAAUUCUGUAUUCCCUUUACCAUAUCCUUUAUUAUAGACAUUCAGCAGAAGGUUUUUUAUGGCACCGGAGGCUUGGACAUCUAAAUAGGUGCCAUAAAAAACCUGCUGAAUAUACUGAAUAACAUUUUUAUGUUUACUGUCAAUGGUAUCCAACUUAAAAAUAACCCUUCCGUUACUUGCUGUAGCUAUAACUUCACCACUUUCACUGAUUACUCUCGCACCCUGCAAGUCAAAAGUGACUGUAUUUCCUUUCUUGACAAUUUCCCCUACAUACAGCAGGUUAGUUGCCAUAUUUUUCAGAUAAUGAACAUUGUGUGCUGUAACCAUAUCUGAUUCACCAUUUACACUUAGAUGUAGAUCUAGUUUCCCAGCCAGGUGACACUGGAGCUUGUUGCCAUCAACAGUAGAUAUUCGCAUAUGAGUUAUCUUUGAUGUCAUAAAGAAGUGAUUUAUCUUUAACAAUAUGCACAGGUGCACCCAAGUCUAAAAUCCAUUCCAUAUCACGAUUACUCAUCCCACCAAAAGAAUAAAAACAUGAGAGUGCCUACCUUUGUUAUUGGUCCUUCUCUCUGGGCUAUCAGUAACAUACGUCUUUUGCUGAGUGUCUGAUCUUGGGCUUACUUUUUCUUUGCACUGAGACUCAAUAUGUCCCAUCUUCUGACAUUUAUAGCACCUCACCAGUUUCUUCUUUUUGUUUUUUGAGUAGAGAGCAGAUGCACCUUCCUUCUCCAAUGUAUAACAGCUUGGAGCGCUCUUUACGUCCUGGAGGAUUUUGACCUUAACACUGCCGCCUGUGAUUGGUAUACCCGAGCUUUGAAGUCCCAUAAUCAUAGGUGCAUACCUUUCGGGCAGUCAUGCCAACAGCAAUGCUCCUAUCCAUUUGUCAGCGAUCUCGAAUCUGAUGUUUCUCAGUCGGUUCAACGUGGUUAUUAUUUUGUUAACGUAUUCGUCUACACUCUUACAUUUGUCCAGACGAGUGGUAAUUAACUCACGUAAUAUUCCUACUUUUCUCUUAAGACCACCAUCCUCGAAUGCACUUUGUAAAUUGUCCCAGACUUCUUUCACUGUAGCAGCUUCUUGAACAUGAACAUAAUUCACUGAAUCAAUCAGUAAUAUCAAUUUUGAUUUUGCUUUCCUAUCCUUACUUUAAUAAUUCUGAUCUGUGGAUUUCAUUGUCCCAUCUACCACGUCCCAUAGGUCGUCUAAACGUAAAUAAGCUUCUACUGCUAACUUCCAGGUUGCGUAGUUUUAUUGCCGUAAAGAACACCAACAAAUAAUGCGGAAAAAAAUUGUGAUCGUCUUUUAAGGAUAACUCGCACUUCACGUAAAUUGGAACUUUUCCAAUUCUUUCUCCGUACUGUUUUAUUGAUAUAGUUAUUCCAAAUGCAGUCUGGGCGCAUAACCUAUUUGAAUUUGCGCAGCUGAAUAAGUAUUAAGGAGAAAAAAGGACAUUUUACUAAUAACUAUAUUUGCACAUUCAAGAACAAAAAAAUUUACAGCAAACACAACAGAAUAAUUAGUGCACACAAAGAGUGUUAGACAAUGCCAAAGAGGUCUAUUUUAUUUUGCACUUUGCGCCGUCACACACGAAAUAUAUUGUUCACACAAAUAUGCAAACUAUGUUCAAGGUCAGUGGAAUAACGAAACCGGGUGCCCUUGAAGCCGGGAAGCAACUGUUUAAUAAAUAGGAACAAGGGCAAACUCGCCACAAGAGCUCUAAGAAGUACAUUACAGAAAAUGACAGAUGUUAACUUCUUCAUUGCCAGUAUCCCACAAAGACAUGAUCUUAUAGAACAAUCCUGUGUCAACAAAGAAAUCACAGUUACUGAUAGGAAAUUUGAGAAAAUCUGCCGAAGCCUCCCAAAUGCCACAUGUGUGGAUGUACCAUCUACAGAGAGAAGUCAUUUUACCAGGCAUGGGCUUCACAGAAAUAAACUCGGAAAAUCAUUCGUUAGUCGAGAAAUCCUUAAUGCAAUGAAGGCAGUUAAGGACAAGAACAGCAUGACCAUACCACUUCCACAACCAAACACAGCAACUGAAAAUUUCCAACAAGAAAAUGAAACUAAAUCACUGACAACAGGUCCAGCACUAGAAUCUCCACUUUCCUCAAAAGCAGCUGAGAUAAAUGAUUCAACUAGGACAGAAGUUUCCAAAGCAGCUACAUACUACGCAACUGCAUCAUUGACAAGAAAGAAAAAAAACGACUGAUGUGCCAGCAGCCAGCGACCUUUCAUCAGUAUUGGCCCCUCCUCAGUCUUCAACAGUGAAAGACUUUUCACCAGCUUCACCAUCAUCAGCAGUAUCAGAAGCAAACAGAAGAAGCACAAGAACAAGGAAACUUACAACUCUGCAGGAGUUUUGGUACCCGGCCUCAGUUACAAGACCUUCAGAUACACCAACUUCCAAGUCUACCUGGCAACAAACUCACCUCCACUGUCAUCAACAGAAGAAUAACCGUGUCACCAGCUCAUCUAAGAUUUUUUUAGCAUCAGGUCUAAAGGGAAGGACGCCACUAAGAUAAGUGAAAACAAAUGCCUAACAGUGUUUCCCUAAAACAUUCAAGCCAUAAAAAACAAAGCACAACAGCUAGAAGUAGAAUUGGAUACUUUUGGUAGCCAAAUUUUGUGUAUCACUGAGCACUGGUGCAAAGCUGGAGAACAGCAUGCAUAAAGUCCAGAACAGAAUGGUGCUGUAGGAAGGACAAACAAAGCUAUGUCAGGUGGCAUAUUGCAUGCUAUUUGCUUGUGGUCUACCUAAGCUACAUUUGGAAGAUGCAUACAAAGCUACUGUUUACGUAAAGAACCAUUUCCAUCGUAGAACACUGAAUGGUACUACUCCACAGGAGUUUUGGAAAGGUAGAGAAAUCCAAAGACUGCGACGCAUUGGCAGAACAGGUGCAACAGCUCUGCUAAAGAGGCUGCUUAGACCACGCUUGUCCGCCCUAUCCUGGAGUAAUGCUGUGCGGUGUUGGAUCUGCAUCAAGUGGGACUGACAGCAAAAUUGUUGUGGGUACAGUGACCAAUGCUUUGAAGUCAGCACAGGUGGAGCAAAGAGACCUCAAUGCUAUACGUCAGUCUAAAGAAUACAUCGACCAGAAGCCUUCCUUGGAUCAGCAUUAACGAAUGUCUAAAAACAAGCAUGACAGCCUGAGAGGCGAUUGGGAUGUCGGAGUUGCGGAAGAAGUAACUAUUGUACAAAGUAAGUGUACAGGUACAUCUGGCAGUGUGGCCGAAUUAGUUCCGGUGGUUGUGGGAAGUUGUUGACCUUCCCGUUGUACCGCCGCAGCUGGAGGAAAGCGAGGCAUGAAUGCAUUAAGGACCAUUGCUGGUGUACAGAGGACGAUUCCACAUGUUUUAGCAUGUUGUGGGUGCAACAAAUUUUUCAGUACAGAAACUGCAAGAAAAGAACCAGAGGAGAUAAAAAUACCAGUACCAUGGGGGCAUAUUGCAGGUAAGUGGUGGGGACGGACGGAUAUCCAGCCAGUAAUUGCUUUGCAUGGAUAUGAGGAUAAUGCUGGGACUUUUGACCCUUUAGUUCCUCAUUUAAAUGUGGAUGGACUUUUGGCUAUUGACUUUCCUGGACAUGGACAUUCAUCCCAUUUCCCAGUUGGAAAAUUUUAUCAGUUUGUGGAUGCUGUGUUAACACUACGUUUGAUUACAAGGCAUUUCAAAUGGAAAAAGGUAUCACUGAUUGGACACUCUUUUGGCAGUGCGACAAGUUUAGCGUAUGCUGCAACAUAUCCUGAAGAAGUAGACAAAUAUGUUAGCAUUGAAUGUGCCAGGACAAUGUUGGCUGUGAGGCCAGUAGUUGAUGUUAAAGCUUAUCACUUUGCUGACUGGAUCAUAUCUGUCGAAGACAAAAUGGAAAAAAAUAAGCCCCCAAGUUACACUUAUGAGGAAAUACUGAAACGUCUUUAUGAAGGAAGUGAAAAAUCGCCAACAAUAGACUCAUGUAAAAUAUUGCUUCGGAGGGGAGCAAUUAGAGUGCCUCAUGGUGAUGAAGACCGGUAUUACUUCUCACGGGACCCACGGCUGAGGAUACAUGUCUGGGGCCGUCUCUCAUUUGAUGCUAUUAUUAGCUUAGCUCAGAAUGUGAAAUGCUCCAACCUUAGCAUAAGAGGUAAUCAAGGUUCUAUUGUUGGUAUACAUGAGGAAGUGUACAUGAAGACUGUAGAGAUGAUGAAGAAGAAUGGCAGCAGAGUGGAUCAUUAUAAUGUGGAUGGCACUCAUCAUCUGCAUCUAAAUAACCCAGAGAGGAUAUCACAUCUCAUUAACAAGUUCCUGUUAUCAUGACAAUAGUUUAUGUGCUGAACUAAGGUAAAGAUACAGGCUGGGAAGAAAAGUGUCGUGACAGAGACAGGAUUAUGGAUUUGGUUGUGUAAUCAAAUGAAUUGGUAAUGCUUUUUAUUAAUGGCUUAUUUAAGCUGGGUCUUCUGUUGGGGAAAACACACUAGUCAUAUAAUAAUUUUUUUUCCUAAUGCGGGGCCACAGUCAUAAUAUAUUUCUUUAAAGUUAGUACCCCCAUUAGACUGUUGUUUAUUUACAGUGUUCCAUUUACACUUACACAAUCAUGAUUUCGGCUGCGAAGUGUCCUUAUCAAGUGUUUUAAGUGUUAUAAAUUGCCUAAGAUGGCAUACUGUCAUAGUGUAUUUUAAUACAACAGUAUGCCAUCUUAGGCAAUUUAUAACACUUAAAACACUUGAUAAUGGCACUUUGAAGCUGAAAUCAUUAUUAUGUAAGUGUAAAUGUAACACUGUAAAUAAACAACAGUAUAAUGGUGGUACUGACUUUAAAGAAACACUAGUCAUACUUAGAAUGUGUGUAUGUAUCAAUUUUAAUGAAUACUCACUGGAUGCCUGCUGGAAACUUCUCUACAGCCUUAUAGCUUUACUCUGUAAUUUAACCGUGUUAUUCCAUAGAUCUCAUUCAUAAUGUCUGGUCCAUACGAAAAGUUUCACAUCACUACUUAAGAAAUCUUCCUGUGUUUUAACCCUCACAAAGAUUGUUCUUCUCUAAUAGACACACAUAUAGCACAUUGUGAUCCUCGAUAUGCUGUGUAGCAGCAGAAUGCAACACACAAACUUGUCUGUUGUGGUCUCCUCCAACUCAUCCUCGGAGCUAUGUAAAAAUGUUAAUGUAUAGAGAGCACAUAUUUUGGCAUUAUUAGCUUUUUUAUGUAUCUGAUUCAUGUAUUGCUUCUCUCACUGAAAUUAUAUUAAUGGUCCAAAUAAUACUAUGAGAUAGAUAUCACCGGUCAUCAUGUCUGUGAUAAAAACCGAUUUAUCCUAUUGUUACAUAGAGUAACAGCAGUUCCAUAAGAUGUUUUGGAUUAAAGUAUUUUUGUUUUUUAUUUAUAGUCUAUUCCAUGUUGUUCUGAAGAAUUGAAUGUUGCACAAACAUAAUCUUGAAGUUGAAGCAGAUUGACAUAGGUGGAUUUUAAUCAAAUGUGGUACAUUAUUCAGUUAUUAAAGCAAACUUUCAAACUGU